GCACCUGUAAAACCCCGAUGUGUGUGUGUGUGUGAGCGCGCGCAGAUUGAUGAUACCCUCUGGGGGCGGGGCUCCCGUGGUUUCUGUGACUAAAGGAAGUCCCUCCGUGGGCUCGGCCCGUACAGUUUCACUGCGCCGUUCCCCUCUCAGGCAUUCCCGACAUUCUCCGCGCUCCCUGCUCUGCACCUGUCGGACAGGUGUGGCGGGCUGACUGAGCCGAGCUGCGGUGACGCACAGCCCGCGCGGAGCCGUUCAUGGUCACCCAUGGGUGAGUGUCUGCGCAGAGCGUGCCCCUGCCUGCAGUCACUGUGGGAGAGGAUCCUCACGGAGAAGAAGGCUCCUCAGCCAGCGGGAGGAGCAGGAGGUGAAGAAGAGGAUGGAGGAGGAGGACGCAGAGGCACCUGCAGCGACAGCGACGGGGAGCAGCCCCAGGCCCCGACGCCGCCUCCGAAGCCCCCGAAGGAGACCGCCUCCGAGGGCAGCUGCAUCUACACGGCCAUGUGGCCCUUCGAGUCCCGGCACCAGGAGGAGCUGUCCUUCCAGGAGGGAGACCUGUUCAGGGUGGUCAGCCGCAGCGGAGACUGGUGGACGGCGCGGAAGAUCGACCGCAACGGGCACGUCGUGGCGCAGGGCAUCGUCCCCAACAACUACCUGGCGAGGGCAGAGUCCAUCAACGUGCAGCCAUGGUUUUAUGGGAAGCUGAGCCGCUUCGAGUCCCAAAAUCACCUGAUGGCCCCAGGAAACGAAGAGGGAGCCUUCCUCGUCCGACAGAGCGAGAAAGACGACAUCGGAUACGUCCUGUCAGUGCGAUCCAGCAGCCGCGUGAAGCACUUCAAGAUCCACCAAGGAGAUGAUGGUUUCCACAUCGAGCCCAAGCAUCAUUUCAGCUCGCUGAUCGACGUGGUCGACUUUUACUGCGCCAACAGCCUCAACACCACAGGCCAGCUGGGCAAGCCCUGCAAGAAGAAAAGGCCAGAAACUCAGGAUUUGAACCACUUCACGGUGGACGAGUGGGAGCUCCCGAAGGAGGAGUUCACGCUGGAGGAGGAGCUGGGCAGCGGCUUCUUUGCUGAUGUUUACCGCGGCCGCUGGAAAAACCACAUCAGCGUCGCCAUCAAGAUCCUGAAAAGCGACUCGGAGCUGAACCACAAAGAGUUUCACAGGGAAGUUCAGAUCCUAAAGCGUCUGCGCCACCGUCACCUCAUCUCGCUGUUCGCCGUGUGCACGGCGACCACGCCAUACUACAUCAUCACCGAGCUGAUGGAGAAGGGCAGCCUGCUCAAGUUCCUCAGAAGUCCAGAGGGCCAAAUACAAGACGUUGCAUCCCUCAUUGACAUGGGAGGCCAGGUGGCUGAUGGGAUGUCAUAUCUGGAGGAGAUGAACAGCAUCCACAGAGAUCUGGCGGCUCGAAAUGUCCUGGUAGGACAAGACUACAUCUGCAAGGUGGCCGACUUCGGCCUGGCCAGAAUCAUCAAGGAGCCGUUUUACAUCUCAGAAGACAAAAAGAUUCCCUACAAGUGGAGCGCUCCCGAGGCCAUCAGCCACGGGAAGUUCUCCAUCAAGUCCGACGUCUGGUCUUUUGGCAUUCUGCUCUACGAGAUCAUCACCCGUGGAGGAGUUCCUUACCCAGCUUACAGUAACCAGGACGUGUACCAGCAGGUAACCGUGGGAUACAGGAUGUCCCAACCGCCCAACUGCCCAGACUUUCUCUAUGACAUCAUGCUCCAGUGCUGGAGCGCCAAGCCGGCUGACCGGCCCGACUUCAAGUCCCUGAAGGCCCAGCUGGGCCCAGAGGAGCUGGAGUGACACACACACACACACGCACACACACACGGACUCUUUGAAACUCAUCAUCUUGCAAAACUUCAUCUGGUCAUCCCUGAAAGCACAGAGAAGUUUAGGUAACAGCUCCCAUCAUAAGCUAACGAGUUUAUUGAGCCAAUCAUCUGCAGAUUACUGCAGGAAGAAAGACGGGUUCACAAACUGUUUUAUCCUCCAUGGCUGAAGCUGGAGGACGGCCGAGACGCUGAGCUGUCAGUGUUUUUAAUCACAUGAAUCUUGUUUCAUGAGCUUUCCUCAGAGCUAAGAGAUGAAGCCACACGGCUCACGCGAUGCUUUAGAAGCUAUUCAUAGCCUCGCUUUGACCUCUGAUCUGACCUCUUACUGCCCUCAGGUACCAGUAUGCAGCUUACCCACCCAAGCAGAAGCCUAAAUUAAAUUAAAGUGAUUUAAAUGAAAAUAAACAGACAAAACCAAAGCUUCUGACUGGAAUGAGGUCCCAGCAGUCACGGUGUCUUACCAGGUUCCUGGUACCUGUCAAACCUCUUUAGUUUGAGUCUCUGCGGCCUGAUGAGGCGACGCUGCAAACGUUUACUUGGCCAACUGAAGUGAAGAUUCGAACACAGCAGUGUGGAAGUGAGGCUCGAGAGGCUGGGGCAUCGCUGACGCCCUGAGAAAUGCUUCCUGCACUUUUUCGGGCUUCGUUUGUUGUCUCAGGUUUUAUUUUGUCGUCACUGUGAUGCACUUUUUAAAGCAGAUGAUUUAAAGUGUUCUAGAUCAUCCUCAUUGUUAAUAUUACUGACAUUUUCCUGAACUGUAACACCUUAAGCAGCUCUGCUCUGCACAUUUGUCACGUCGUCUCAGAAUAAUGUUUAAGAUUUUCUUCUUUGUGAACUUUGUUUACAAACACAUUUCAUGCAGAGAAUAGAAGAAAAAAAUAAAUUUUAAUGAGAUUAGAAA